AUGUUUGGCAGGAGAAGAUUACGGGCCCGGGGGGGGGGGGUGCUUCCGAUUGCAUUCUUGUCAUUCGUGUCUUCCACACAUCACCAUACCACCCAUCCAUCCACCUUACCUCUCGCAAAACCUACCUACUCUAUCAUAGUUUCUCAAGAUAUCCAGAGGCAAACAGGCGAGCAUCAAGAAAGUGUGAUGCGAUCCUGCAGUGGCUGUCACUCUGUUCGACCCGUCUACUUUUCCACCAAACAACAAUGCCUGUGUGCUAAACGCUGGCCUCUGUCCGUAUGCCCCGUAUACUUUGCGUCGCCUUCAACAACCUCUCGAAUCAUUGGCAAUGCAACAUUGGCCCCAAAUCUGGGCUAUAGUAGCUAUACCCCUCACUCACCGGGGCCAAUCGCCGGCCCAAGAGGGAGAUACCGAGAUGGCGACGACUCCAACGACAUGACACGGAGCGCUCGUCACUGGCCAUCUAUCACCAACGCGCCUGGGGUCUGUCCACCUCGCUAUCCGUCCGGCUUCUGUUUGUCAAGCACAUGA